AUGUUCGCUUAUUUACUUAUCCUUGCAUCGCUAUGCAAUUUCGCUAACGGAGAUGGUGUCGAUAUAAACGUCUGCGUUAAGCUUGUUCCUGAACCUAAUGCUCCCAAUGUUCUUAAGAAAAGGCCUUCUGUACCUGUUCAGAACUGCCAAGACCGUUAUAUGGCCUGCACCGAGAUAUUCAAGUUCGAGCAAAACGAUGGAGCGGUACUCGCAAAUAAUCUCAAGCCCGAUGAGGAUUAUAAAGUUCCAGACGAUUGUCAGAAGGACCAAUAUAAAAUGUUAGCUCGACAAAUAUGCCCACGAACGUGUGCGUUGUGUUGCUUAACUAAAGAAUACAACUGCCAAAAUGGUAAGAAUUAA